AUGACGAAUUUAGCGGAGCACCAGGCAGAGCUCAUAGAUGUUGCUAUUCCAAAAACCUUCUCCUGCAACGAGCAUCCCUCCAUGGAGCGUAUUGCGCCAGAACCGGAGAGCAUUAUGGAAUCUGCAGGAGAAGAAUUAAUUGGUUUUAAUGUCGGUGGCUGGUAUUUCUCAAUUCCCGAAAGUAAAGUCCCUCGGUUUCCUGAAUCUCUGUUGUGGAAAGAAGCUUCUGUACAAGAUCAGCCUGAAAAUCUAAGAUUAUUUAUUGACCAAGAUGGUUUUAUAUUUAGGCACCUUCCAUAUUCCAUGAAGACUUCAAAACUCUCUUUUUUCAGCUGUGCUGAAUUGAACUUACUGUAUGAGCAAGCAGUAAUUUUGCAGCUGACACCUUUAUUACAGGUUUUAGAUAAUUUGAAGGAGAAGGAAUAUGGUUUAUGCUUCCAGCCUGCAAAUACACCAGUACCUGAAAGAACAUCUCCAAAUUACUGGAGAACACAAAAGUGUACCAGCAAAUUCUCUGAUUUUCUUCACCUAGGGUUACAUGACAGAGCUCCCCUAGGGCUGGUGGAUACACCUGGACUAGAUACGGAAUACGAAGUGAAUUAAUGGUUUUUGCCACUAAAUUUGGUGGCAAAAUAUCCUGUACUAGUUAAUGACGACAGCUUGCUGUGGCUGCUUGAGAGUGCAGCCCUGAUUGAGUGUGAGUGCAGUGGAUUCCGCUUCACGGUUAAUUUUCUUCACUCAGAGAAGAUGACGUUGCCUGAUGACUUCUCCAACACAGAUGCCUUGGAGGAAGAAGUUUUAAUUCUGGGGAUUCCUGAGCUUAUAGAUGCUGUGAAGAUCUGGGCCGGAGAGGUGGCCGUGGCUGGGGGGUCCCCACCGCGGUCCCCGCUCUACGCCAUGGCACUGGGGCUGCUGGCCAACUACCCAGAUUUGGCUCUGGGACAGCUCUGAGUGGGCAGUGACCUGGGCAGGAGCCACCUGCACCUCUCCGGCGACGGCGUCCUCUUCCAGCGCGCCAGGAAUUGGCUGGGAACUUGCCGACUUCCUCUCACUGAAAAUAUUUCCGAAAUCCAAGAGCUCUGUGCUUAUUUGGACAAAAGGGACAGCACCUACGAGCCAAUGGAAGAUGCUUUAAAAUGCUAUCUGAAACAACAGACGCCAGCAGCAAGCAGAGAUUAUAAGGCAGACCGGACAGUGGAAGUAUCCAUAUGCUCACUGCAUCAGGUUGUGAAGGUUUCUGUAGGAAGUAAUUGGUAUGAAACUUAUUUACAGACUCUAUUGAAGUACCCAGAGCUGCUGUCAAAUGACAAGAAAGUCUGUUGGAUCACGUAUGGUCAAAGUCUUCUAAACCACGGACAUGGGCAAAUGUUUUGGCACGUUCUCAACUUUCUAAGGCUUAGGAAAUUGGUUUUGCCAGCUGAAUUUAACAGUGGGGAGAGUGUUUUCAGCGCUCCGCCGGACGGCAGCCAGCCGGAUGCCCCGACCGCUCCAGCCCUGUCCAAAGCGAUUGGUUUUGUUAGCUUUGCUCUCUCGGGUGAGGAGAUAUUCUACGCCAGGAAGUGCCACUUUUUCCUGACUGAUGUCAUCCUGGACUCAGUAAGGCAGCAGGAUCCCAAAAAAAUCACAGCCAAAAUCAGGACCCUUGUGACCAGCCUCUGGGUGGUGUGCCCUGUGUGGAAGUACAGCCGCUGCCUCAAGUUACUGAUCUGGAGAAGGCUUGCUAGAGCAGUCUCAUACUCUGCCAUGGAAAUUUAA